GCCGGAGGAGAGACCGCGUUGCCCUCGCCCGGGGAGAGAAGCCGGCGAUGGCGCUCGACUUCUUGGCAGGAUGCGUUGGGGGUGCUGCAGGUGUGCUGGUGGGACAUCCCUUUGACACUGUCAAGGUUCGCCUCCAGGUUCAGAGUGUAGAGAAACCUCUCUACCGAGGGACUUUUCACUGCUUUCAGUCCAUUAUCAAGCAAGAAAGUGUAUUUGGCUUGUAUAAAGGGAUUGGGUCCCCCAUGAUGGGCCUGACCUUUAUCAACGCCCUUGUGUUUGGGGUCCAAGGCAACACGAUCCGAGCCCUGGGGAAGGACACACCCACGAACCAGUUUCUGGCUGGCUCAGCGGCGGGAGCCAUCCAGUGCGUGAUCUGCUGCCCCAUGGAGCUGGCCAAGACACGGAUGCAGCUCCAAGGCACAGGCGAGUACAAACUGAAGACCAGGACCUACAAAAACUCCCUGGACUGCCUGGUGAAGAUCUACCAGCAGGAGGGCCUGCGUGGCAUCAACAAAGGCAUGGUGUCCACCCUGAUCCGGGAGACGCCCAGCUUCGGCUUCUACUUCCUGACCUACGACUGCCUUACACGCUCCCUGGGCUGCGAGCCCGAGGACAGCUUUGUGGUGCCCAAGCUGCUGCUGGCGGGCGGCAUGUCGGGCAUUGUGUCCUGGCUCUCCACCUACCCCAUGGACGUGAUUAAGUCUCGAAUACAGGCUGAUGGCGUGCGGGGCAUGCAGCAGUACAGCGGCAUCCUCGACUGUGUGCGCAAGAGUUAUCAGGUGGAAGGCUGGCGGGUGUUCACCCGGGGGCUCACAUCCACCCUGCUGCGGGCCUUCCCGGUCAACGCAGCUACCUUUGCCACCGUCACCAUCUUCCUCAUGUACAUGAGGUCAGAGGAAGUGAUGACAGAGUGUGAGGCAGCCCUCCCUCAGCCUUCCAGCUUGUAAGGAUUUGCCCCCAGCCCCAGGAUGUCUCCUGCUGACUUUUCCGUGCCCUUCUUCCCACAGACCUGGACUUGGCCGUCAUAUUUUUGUAAAUGCCCACCCUCGUAGAAUACCGUGCAAACAAAUUCUAAGCUGUUUCAUCUGACUUGGCCUGGGUAUCGCCCCCUGGUGACACAGACCCUCCUUGGAAACGCAUCUUGGGAAGGUGGCCAGUCUUUGUUCUGGCCCCUUGUAUCUGAGGGCCCGCUGGGGGUCAUCCUCCCAAUGCCAACUUUCUGACAGAUUUUCCUGGAUUUUAAUCAACCCAGCCCUUUGUUUCAAGGGGUCAAAUCUAUAGUGCUUUUGAAUAACUUGGAAGCUGUUUGUCCUUGGGCUUGGUCACAUUUUCUUUUUUUUUUUUUUAUUUGGCCUAUUUGAUUUUUCUGAGGCUUAGUAGAUUCAGUGAGUUUUCAUGUGAUCAAAGGAUUUGGGGUCAGGCCUGACUUUGAAUGUCAUCUUUUUUCCUGUGCGACUUUGGGCAAAUGACUUUUUCCUUGGGAUGCAGUUUCCCUCAUUAUAAUAGAAUUGGUAAUCCCCGUGGUCUUUCCCAGUCAAUCUGUAGUCAAAGGAUGUUGUUGGCUUCUUGUUCUCCCAAUCUUCCUAUCUCAGAGAAUUAGUCUUGGCUCUCCAGGUUAAGAAACAUCUCCAUAGUUCUGAGUGAGCAAUCAUUUUAUUCAGGAGUAGAACUGCUGCUGGGAGUACAGAGAAGCCCCUGUGCAUCACUGCCUAGUACUUUUGUCACUUUUCCUCAGUAACAGAAAGUCUGAUUAUGGCAUUUUAUAGAUAAUUAAGUCAGCUAAGAUUUUUAUCAUGUUAAACUCAGGACAGAGAGUACUAAUGGAGUCAGACAGCAGCACCAUACUCUCCCGUUGCCCACCCCUUUGCUGCACAUUUUAGAUUUCAAGCCAUAGCCUUCUAUGACUUAGGCAAAUGUGUUUUUGGCAUAUUGAGGAACACAUAGUAUCAAAUGUAGACUCUGGGAAUCUUUGUAUUUAUUGCCAUUAGAAUGGUAUUCUCAUUUUUGAGGAUCUAAACCUUGUUAAUGCAAAUAUUUUGAUAAUGGGGAAUGUGCUGCUGAAAAUAGUGAAUGGAGCCAUUGGCCAUAGUGUUUCCUGGGAAACAAGGAAAUGGUAUCUGAUGCAGGGGACCCUGGGCAGGUUUAGGGAAUUCAGGGAUUGGGUCCUUUCUACAUUGUAUUUUAAGAAAAUGUAAUUAAGAGCAUUUUGCAUUUCUAUUACACAGGUAACCUUCAUUUCUGGACCCAAAUAUUUGUUUGUUAGAAGAUAGAGAAGAGUAUUGUGGCCAUUUUUAAACUGCCACUGAGGUUCACCCUGAAUGUGAAAUGUGUCACCUACAGUUCAUGUAUACAAGAUAAUAUCUUUGUAAGAUAUUCUGUAAUUAUUGUACAGACUCAAUAAAAAAUUUUUUUUAAAUCAACAAAAAAAA